AGGCAUUCAUUCAUACUUGCGUAGUUAUCCAACUUUAUAAGAGAUGAGCUUGUCUCGUAUGGCGAAUCCGAAAGAAUUUUAAAGUCACAAGUCGCUUUCACUGAUUGGAGUCAGUGGACGAUAUACGUCUGCAGAGCUCGCAAUUGUCACGGCCACGGCGGAGCUUACACUACAUUCAAUAUCCAAGAACCAGCGGUCUUCACGAUCUACGACCUCAAUGCAUCUGUAUGACGCCAAUUUAUCAACGCGUUCUUGACGAUAAAACCCAUAUAUUGUUUUAUCCGCACCAACUCCAGAAUCUCGCAACGGAUGCUUUUUGAAUGAGAAACAAGAUGCUCAUGUCAUGUUCUUAACUAACCCACUUCGCUGUUUCAGCUGGCGAGGCUCCCGCUGCUUUCAUUCCAUCAUAAACUCUCCCUCUUUUAGGUCUCCGAUCAAUACAACUGCUUCAGCGCCCACCCCAGGGACUUCCAGUAAAGUGAGUGAAAAAGGGAGAUUGUUCUCUCUAUUAUCUGGUUUAGCAAUGGAGACUAGUUCAACUUGUUCGUUGGUUUUGAGUGGAAAAACAGAGGCUGAGAAUGAAACUGCCAAAUUGCUGAAGAGGAAUGACACUUUGAAGCUCCCAGACGAUAUCGAAAUUUCGGUUUCUUUGCACUCAGAAAGGGAUAAAUCUUUGAAGGAAAGUGGUUUUCAGAUUGGUUCAUAUAUGAAUUCUCUUUCUACUGAUACUUUUGGUAGAUUCCUCAUUUGGUGUUCACGGAUUCCUUCAACUCAAGAUGUAAUUUCUCAGAACUUCAGCGAUCUCCCAUUGGGAGCUGUCUGUGUGGCUGAUGUUCAGUUCAAGGGAAGAGGUCGAUCAAAGAAUUUGUGGGAAUCUCCCCCUGGUUGCCUAAUGUUUUCCUUUACCAUUCAAAUGGAAGAUGGCCGUAUAGUUCCUCUACUACAGUAUGUAAUAUCUCUAGCUAUUACUGAGGCUGUAAAAGAUAUUUGCGACAAAGAGGGUUUACCUUACAUUGACUUGAAAAUAAAAUGGCCAAAUGAUCUUUAUGUGAAUGGCCUGAAAGUUGGAGGCAUUCUGUGCACAUCAACAUAUAGAUCAAAGAAGUUCAACGUUACUGCUGGUAUAGGAUUAAAUGUAGACAAUGAUAAACCAACCACAUGCUUGAAUGAAGCUCUUGCGAAUUUAUCCAGUACACCUUACAAGUUCAGAAGAGAGGAUAUCUUAGCAUUCUUCUUUAACAAAUUUGAAGGACUGUAUGAUAUCUUCAUAAAUCAAGGGUUUCAGGCUCUUGAGGAACUCUACUGUCAGACAUGGUUGCACAGUGGGCAAAGAGUUAUUGUACAGGAAAAGAAAGAAGAUCAAGUAGUGGAAAAUGUAGUCACUAUUCAGGGGUUGACACCUACAGGAUAUUUGCUAGCUAUUGGAGAUGACAACCAAAUGUGCGAGCUCCAUCCCGAUGGAAAUAGCUUAGAUUUCUUCAAAGGACUGAUCAAGAGCAAACUGGUGUGAGAAUACUGCUUGUUCAUUCUCUAACAGAUGGCUGACUAUGAGCUAUAUGGAAUGGAAUCUUAUGCAAUAAGAAGAAGUAGACACUUGCUUUCAUUUACUUUUGGUGAACAUCUCUCUGUUUCUAUGGUGGAGUAAAGAAAGAUGAAAAGAUUUUACCUUUUAUGAUUAGACAAUGAGAUCUCUACUGAAGUUGUAAAUAUUAUUCAUCUUUGAACUUACUAAGAAGGGUCCAUGGUCCAUAACGUGCUAGAGUUUUGUAUCAUCCUGUUGAAUGUGCCUUAAUUCCAAGUGGGACAGCUUCCAAUUGAUGAACACUGACCCCACAAUUGCUAUAAUCAGUCAGUCAGUGAGCAUGUCUUUUUGUUAGAAACUUGGGAAAUUCUCUGCCAGAACUUAUCUGAACUUUACGACUGUCAAAUGAGUGUAAAGGAACAGAAGGACAAAAGAUUCUUGUGGGAAGGCGCCAUGUCAGACCCAGAAACUGGUAUGUCUUCUUCUGUGUAUAAUUCCUAACGGCUGUUGGGGCUUUUUGUUUAGGGUUUCACUAUCAGAAAGAAGGAAAGGGGUUGGCUUUCCACAUGGAGAAACAGUGGAUGGAUUGAAUAAACAA